AUGCGGGAGAGUAAUGUGGUUCAUAUCCUCUCGCCCGUAACGGUUGUCGGUGACAUUCACGGACAGUUCUACGACCUUCUCGAGAUUUUCCGAAUAGGUGGAUUUUGCCCGGAUACCAACUACCUCUUUUUAGGCGACUACGUCGAUAGAGGGCUAUUCAGCGUCGAGACAAUAUCAUUGCUUGUAUGCCUAAAGCUACGGUAUCCGAACCGAGUACACUUGAUCCGAGGAAACCAUGAAUCGAGAGGCGUUACGCAAUCAUAUGGAUUCUAUACAGAAUGUGCUAGAAAAUACGGCAGUGCGAAUGUUUGGCACCAUUUCACAGACAUGUUCGAUUUCUUGACACUCAGCGUUGUGAUCAACAAUGACAUUUUCUGUGUACAUGGAGGUCUAUCACCAUCUAUACAUUCAAUUGAUCAGAUCAAGAUCAUCGACAGAUUUAGAGAGAUUCCUCAUGAAGGCCCAAUGGCCGAUCUAGUCUGGUCAGACCCUGACGCUGAGCGCGACGAAUUCGCUCUUUCUCCGAGAGGUGCGGGGUAUACAUUCGGUGCGCAGGUUGUCAAAAAGUUUCUGGAGAUCAACAACUUCUCACAUAUACUGCGGGCGCAUCAGCUCUGUCAAGAAGGCUAUCAGGUGCUGUAUGACGACCGCCUGAGUACUGUUUGGUCUGCACCGAACUACUGUUACCGAUGCGGGAACCUAGCCAGCGUUUUAGAGGUCGAUGAUGCAGGCAGUAGGUUCUUCAAUGUGUUCGACCAAGCGCCGGAGAAUGCAGAAAAUAGAGUUGAUCAACAACCUAUAGAGAAGGCACAAGUUGAGUAUUUCUUGUGA